GCGACGAGGAGCCACUUACCUGAAUGUCAAUCGGGCUGCAAGCGAUAUGCUUCGAGCGUGAAGAUCCAAAGUGUAUAUAAUGUCUGGCUAUAACGAUCGAUCCCAGGUAGGUUGAAAAGCAUUUCGGAACGAAGUAACUGUUCAUUCACAACUACUACUACCACUACCAACCACCUCAGGACAUUUCAUUCCACCACGGCUUCGAAGCAUAUCACAAAAAUGACACAGAAGAUCAUCACAGUCUUCGGUGCUACAGGCAACCAAGGCGGUAGCACUGUCGCUGCCAUCUUGAGCCGGCCAGAACUGUCGUCCAAGUACAAGAUCCGCGCCAUUACUCGGGAUCCUUCCAAACCAUCAGCUCAAAAACUUGCUGAUAAAGGAGCCGAACUCGCCAAGGCAGAUCUGAACGACAUCGCCAGCGUACGGUCAGCCAUUGCCGGCUCCUACGGCGUCUUUGCCGUUACCAAUUACUGGGAGACGACUUCCAAAACCGUCGAGUUCCAGCAAGGCAAGAACAUCGUCGAUGCAUGCAAGGACGAGGGCGUCAAACACCUCGUCUGGUCGAACUUGCCAAACACCACCAAGCUGACUGACGGCGAGCUUUCCAAGAUCGAGCACUUCGACUCCAAGGCCGAGGUCGGCGAAUACGCAGAGAAAGUCAAGGGCGAUAUGAUUGUCUCGUAUUUCAUGCCAGCCUUCUUCAUGUCGAACUUGACCCAGUGGAUCCAACCGGACAAGGACACCGGUGUAGUGACGCUCAGUCAGCCAUGGAACCCAACGCAGACUUGGAUCCCAAUGCUCGACAUCCAGCGCGAUACAGGUGUAUAUACUGCGGGUCUGUUCGAAGCUGGGUCCAAGGCAAACGGUGUCUCUGUCCAGGCUGUCAGCGAGUGGCUGCACCCGAAAGAUCUCACCGACCAAUUGUCAGAGAUCACUGGCAAAAAGGUCACCUUCGUUGAGAAGCCAGGAAGUGUCGAGUCUGCUGCGAAGCUGGGCGACAGGAUUGGCGAGGAGCUCGAGCAGAAUAUGCUUCUCAUUCGCGAUUUCAGUUAUUACGGAAAAGGGGCGGAGAAGAAACAAGCUGAGAGCGAUGAGUUCUUGGUGGCCGGUGCGAAAAAAACUACUUGGAAGGAAUUCUGUGAGGGUGUCAAAUGGCAAUUCGCAUAGAUGCAGAGAAGGACUAUACACAUAGAUAUCUACUCUAGGUAGAUGCAAAAAAAAGACCUCUGCAACACCAUCCAACUGAAG